CACCGAGGUCGCGGCCCCGAGCUACCAUACUAUUCCUCCGUCGUCGUGGGUUCAUCGAGGAUACAAAACCCAAUUCAGAAUCUGUUGCGAGUCGCUGGUUUUUUGCGGGACGAACAUGUUGGACGAGACCCAGUUCGACGUCCACUUGAAUCUGUGGGCGCUUCGCGUCCCCCGCGAGUUCUGCAAGGUUGCCACCCGGGCAUUGAACGGUUACUUGCUGGACAAGGCUCGGGUAAAACCGAUCACGGAGGAUCCGACGUGCGAGAGGAAUCGUCUGAUGAUAUUGUCUGAAAAGGUCCAGCAUUCUGAUUUGUCAGAUAUUCCAGAACAAGUUCUUGAAGAAAUGAAGAAACUGUGUGAGAUUGAAGUUGUCCCUUAUUCAUUGACACUUGGUUAUUCCUACUGGGGUGCAGAUCAUUUAUUGAAGCAGAUUCUCCCGCCUGGGGUCGAGGUACCUACAUCUUUUGAAACGAUAGGUCAUAUUGCACACUUGAAUAUACAUGACGAACUGCUUCCCUACAAGGAUGUUAUUGCUAAAGUCAUCUAUGACUGCACAAGUGUGUGCUGCCUGAGGCCCUUGGCAUAUGCAGAGACAUAUGCCAUAAAGUAUGCAGCAUCAAUAAUCUGUAGAAUUGACUGUUUCUUAUAUGAGCAGAAAAAUUCUCCGAGAAUCCAGACGAUUGUUAAUAAAGUUGGAACAAUCACAAAUGAGUUUCGUGUGCCGAAAUUUGAAGUCUUGGCUGGAAAAAGUGAUAUGGUGACAGAGGUGAAGCAGUAUGGAGCGACAUUCAAGCUUGAUUACAGUCUGGUGUAUUGGAAUUCAAGACUGGAGCAUGAACACAUAAGACUUGUAUCUAAUUUCCAACCAGGGGAAACCAUAUGUGACAUGUUUGCUGGCAUUGGCCCUUUCGCAAUCCCAGCUGCUCAAAAGGGGUGCAUGGUGUAUGCAAAUGACCUAAACCCAGAUAGUGUUAAGUAUUUGAAGAUCAAUGCGCAGUUGAACAAAGUGGACGACCUUGUUCAUACUUCCAACUUGGAUGCGAGGAAAUUCAUUUCUCAGAUGACGUCUUUGCCUGAAUCCAAAACUAGUUUGGAAUCUGAUGUUCUUACUGAAGAGUGUGAGAUCAAUAGGGAACCGUCAAAGCAGGAAGCAGAGUCAGAUGGAACCCCAGUACCCGAAGACAAUGCAAGCAAUGGUGAUGGUCUAAAAGGUUUAUGUGCUGGUGCAGUCGCAGCUGCUCCUGCAGCCAAAAGACCAUUAGAUACUUCUAAAGAAGGUGCCAAUGCCAAAGAUUGCAGUGUACUUGUAUCUUGCAAAAGAAAAGGAAAUAACAAUAAGCGAAUCAAGGCCACUGAGUUGUCCUAUUCUAAGACAUGGGAGCACAUUGAUCAUGUAGUUAUGAACCUUCCUGCAUCAGCUCUCACAUUUUUGGAUGUAUUUAGGGGGCUUAUACACAGGAAAUAUUGGAAGGAACCCUCUCCUUGGAUUCACUGCUAUUGUUUCAUGAAGGCCAGCGAAACCAAAGAAUCCAUUUUGGCAGUGGCAGAACGUGCCCUCGACGCCUCUAUUAGCGAGCCAAUAUUCCACAGGGUUAGGGAUGUGGCGCCGAAUAAGGCGAUGUACUGCCUGAGUUUCAGGCUGCCGGAAGCAUGCUUUAAGGAAGAUUCCCAUAACACUAGCCACCCUGCUGAAGGGCAGUCGUAAAUGUGGUAGGAACAAUUAUGUGGGGGGCUAAACACGGCCACUUGCCUAACGAUUAAGAAGGUUUUUUUUUUUUUUACUUGACCGAAGGCGGGAACUCAUCAUUGACGAGAUACGGUUGUCUAUCGAAUCGAGGCCGGCGUCCAUGCAAAUGCCGCUUAUGGUCCGAGAAAAGCAAGCGGAUGUAUGUUUGGGUAUGAUCUGUCUUUCACAAGAGUUUCACGGUCUAAAAAGGAUAUGAAAUGUGAGAUGAAUUUUUUUCUUAUAUUUUCGACAGUUUUGUUUCUUAGGAUUUCCAGCUUUGUUGGGCUGGUUCCCAAUGCUUUGGAGCUGUUUUGUAAAAGCCUCGUCAGUGUUUCGGAAAUACUUUUUUACUUUCGAAUUUC